CAUAACCGCAGACAGUGUGUCAGAGGGGCGGGGCUUAUAUUAGAAAACAACGCGCGAGUCGUUGGUCCCCGUUGUGGUCACGUGCUUUCCGUAGCUGUCCAGCGAGGUUUCUGAACAUCUUGCUGCGACUCGUCCGAGUAGAAGGAACUUGCUCAUACAGCCAGCAUCAUGGAAGGCGAAAUAACAAUAGUUUCCAACCCCACGGUGAAUGUGCGCUUAACGAACACCAUCUCAUCCUUUGAGUCGAUGCGCAGGUUCAAUAGAGGGAUCACUAUAGCAGAACUAAAGGGGAAAUUGGAGAUGAUUGUGGGAGCAUCUCCCUCCAGCAUGGAGCUGGAGUUGUUCAGUGUCUCUGACAUAUUCCUGCAGAAGAUGGACGACAAUGAAGCUUUGUUGGGUUCCUAUCCUGUGGAUGAUAACUGCAAAAUACAUGUUAUUGACAAAAGUGGUCAAAUUAGCGAGUUCACUGAUGUUUCCAAGGUGGAGAAGUUUGAACUCCCAGAUGAAGCCUAUGAGAAGAGAACAGAUUCAGCAAGGUCAUUCAUGAAGAAACAUGGUGUUGGUCAGUUCAACGAGGAAGAAAAGGCCAAGAAGAGAGCUGAGAAUGCUGCCCGGAGGGAUGAAGAGAAGGCUGCUGCUGAUGCUCUCUCUGUUGGUAGCAGGUGUAAGGUGCAGGUCCCUGAGCAACCCACGAAGCUUGGCACAGUCAUGUAUGUUGGUACCACAGAUUUUAAGCCAGGCUACUGGGUUGGUGUGAAGUACGAUGAGCCACUGGGAAAGCACGAUGGAAGUGUUGCCGGGAAGAGAUACUUUGAAUGCGAGAACAAAUAUGGUGGAUUUGUAAAGCCCUUGAGUGUGACUGUGGGAGACUUCCCUGAGGAGACUUACGAUUUAGAUGAAAUGUAGCACUGUUGUGUGACAAAAUGGGAUUUUCUUUCUUCCUUUCCCCCCAGAAAUUUCAGCUUCAUCACCAACCAGGGAUUGUCAUUGUAAUUUAAAUUGUUUAGUUCUACUCUCAAUGAUAUAAUCUAAUGAUCAGAGAGUUCUUUUGGUUUUGGUUGCCUUUCGUUAACGCUGAGGACACCUGGUGGAUGUGAAUGUCCGGUUUCACAUCUCCGUGUGAUGAACACAACAAUAAUAGUUUAGGAUAUUUACAAUAACGAGGUUUGAUAAUGGAGGUGUUUAGUUGCAUGUAAGCCUUCAUACUAACGGUUUUAUGUGGUUUGUCUUAUAAUAUACUUCUGUUUCAUUUAGUUUACUUGAUAGUUAUUGCUUCCAUACAUUCUCACUGUGUCAGUUGUAUAUGUAAUCGUAAAGUCAAUAUCGACAGUUUAGAUAACAAUUAACAAUCAAUUUCUCCCUAGUUUGUAUCAGUUUGUUCAAAGAUUAUUGAAUAAAACUAGUGUUGAUACAGUUUAAGGAUUUUUUAAAGACUAAUUUGCUGAAUUAACUGUCAAUAAAAAAAAAAAACCUAAAUUACCUUUUAAAAAUGAAAACAAAAUACCUUGUAUUCCAGACAAACAUGAUCUCACCUAAAAUUUUACAUUUGGGUGAAGCUGGACAAAAAUCUUCUGAUCAAAGUCAGUGCUUAAUGCUUAGACUUAUACCACCAUAUUUAGCUAAUGUUUGACAGACAGUAGAAGAAAAAGUAAAAGAAAUAUAUCCACCAAGAAUUGCCUCUAGUCCACAGUGCAACAAAGCUGUUUGGAGCUAUAUAUAUCGGUUCAAGCCAGCAAUUGGAACAUGAAAGUAGGCAACAAUGGAUAUUUCUACUUUUUAUUUUCUUUUUGCUUGUACUGUGUGAAACCCAAUUUCUAUGUUUCCAAGUGGAAGUAAUUUGUAAUUCUCUGGCUGAAUUCUUGUUAAAAAUUAAAUUGUUUGCAGUUGAAUGUAUCCUGCUGAUAUUAAACCACCAGGAUUGUUUUGUCUAUUUGAAAUAAUUAGGACUCAGUCAUGUAAUUAUUACAUUUAAAUGUGAUUGAGAAAAUCCAGUCAAUGUCCUCAUUAUAGCAUUGUGCAGUAAAUUGAAAAUCACCUGUAAAAUACUGCUGGUACAUUUUCUAAAAUGUUGUUAAGUUGAAUGCCAAAUUCCCAGAAGUCCUUUGAAGACAAUGAACCCAUCAAUUAAAAUUACACAAGAUGUUUGUUUGAAACAAGUGAGCUAUUUUAAGUUCCUUCAUGAUUUUUUCUGUCCUAUAGUUCUUUCUGUUUGUGUCCAUUCAUCAUUCAUUCAUCUUAUAGUAUUUGUUGUUCCCAGCGGUUGGCUUGAGUAAUUGUCAUGUAGCUUAAGCACACCUGUUUACGAUUGUUUCUAAAAUGUUUUCGCAAUGUAUAAUUUGUAUAUUUUGAUUAAAUAACAGGUUGACUGUCAAAGAAAUAUUCUAAACAAGCAAACACCACAAAGGAUCUCUCUGUUAAAAUCACCACAACACUCCUUUGAAUGAAUAUAUCUUGAUUAUGCUUUGUUUCAUGUUACUGAUCCAAUAUUGUGACACUAUUGCAACCUGCAACAUGGAUUUUUAUCAUUUGAAGUUCACAGUAGAGAAAUAGAUGAAUUUUUCUUGUGGCUUUCAAUGCAAUGCAAUUACUUUUUUUAAAGACAUUUUUUUCUUCUCAAAGGUGCCAAAAGGUAAUGCAUAUUAAUAAAAUGAUUUGCCAGUA